AUGCAGCCUUCCGCACCCGCUUCCACGUCGUCUGACCCCGGCACGAAGAAGCCGAAGAAACGUUUUGUCGGCACGAAAUCGACCAAGGUGCCCAGGACCGGUGUCUCUACGACUGUAGCGAACCAGAUCCCUCAAGAGAUCCUCGCCGACCCUCAGCUUAACGCCGCGAUCAAGCAACUUCCGUCCAAUUACUCCUUCGAAAUCCAUAAGACAAUACACCAUGUCAAGAAGAACAACGCGACUGUGGUUGCUCUCCAGCUGCCCGAAGGUCUACAGAUGUUUGCAUGCACGAUCGCAGACAUCAUAGAGCGCUUCACCGAUGCUUUGACAGUCAUAAUGGGAGAUGUCACCUACGGCGCAUGCUGUAUAGAUGACUACACGGCCGUAGCAUUAGGCUGCGACAUGCUCAUACACUACGGGCAUAGUUGCUUAGUGCCUAUGGACCAGACCAUGAUCAAGACGUUAUAUGUCUUCGUAGAAAUUGGUGUCGACUCCCAACACCUGGCGCAGACUGUUCGCCUCAACUUUCCUGAUGACAGGUCCAUCUUCCACGAGUCUCUGCUCGCCUCCGAAGAAUCGGAUGCGAAACUGCCCGCGGGUACCAUCAUCGGUCGCCUUAAUCACCUACGAAUAGAAGGCUCAGCAACGUCUGAGCAGUCGUCCGUCGUGACACAAUCUACUGACUCAGCACCUCCUACGCGAACUCGUCUUGCUCUCGUCUCAACAAUCCAGUUCGUGGCUGCUCUACAGCAGCUCAAGGAAGAUCUGACUUCUGAGUACUCUAAUCCGAAUCCGUUUUUGGCGCCUUCCGGUCUACUCGAAGGGAGCACUGAGGAGCCUGCGCCGGUUGAUGGUCAACCGAAACUUUGGACGGGCGUAUACGAUGCUACUAUCCCACGCUCAAAGCCUCUAUCCCCAGGAGAGCUGUUGGGCUGCACUGCUCCUCCUAUAGGUGAUGUGGACGCACUAAUAUACUUGGGUGAUGGGCGCUUCCAUCUCGAGUCGGUCAUGAUUCAAAACCCCGACAUCCCCGCGUUCCGCUAUGAUCCGUACUCGAAGAAGCUUACACGGGAGCGGUACGGACACCAAGAGAUGCGUUCCAUUCGUAACGACGCAGUGCAGAUUGCGCGGAAGAGCAUCGACUCACUUGUAUCGGCCUCUACGGAGGAGAGCCCUCUCUGGGGUGUCAUCCUUGGGACGCUGGGGCGUCAAGGCAGCUUCAAGCAACUACAAGCAAUCACCAAACAACUGGCCUCCUCGCGCACUUCAAUACCGUACAUGCCCAUCCUGCUCUCUGAACUUUCACCAGCGAAACUCGCGCUCUUCAAUCCUCACAUCUCGACAUUCGUGCAGACGUCAUGUCCGCGUCUUUCAAUCGACUGGGGUUACGCGUUUGAGCGUCCCUUGCUCACGCCAUACGAGACGGCUGUUGCAGUAGGCAAAGCGGUGGGGUGGAUGGACGAGAGCGGCGAGUCCAAAGGGACAUACCCGAUGGACUUCUACUCUGCGGGCACGCCUUGGGCUGUCUCCCGAGUGAAGGCGGAGUUCUGA